AUGCCCACCAAAUUCAAGCUCAACACCGGCGCGGAGAUUCCAGCCAUUGGCUUCGGUACAUGGCAAGAUGAAAAUGCCCAGGAAGAAGCCGUGAUCGAAGCACUCAAAGCCGGUUAUAGGCACAUUGAUACCGCAAGAGUAUACCUCACCGAGAAAGCCGUCGGUAAAGCAAUCAAGAAAAGUGGUAUUCCACGUCAAGAGCUUUUUAUCACGACCAAGUUGUGGAACAACAAGCACCAUCCAGAUGAUGUAGCGCCCGCAUUAGAGCAAUCACUUGAUGAUCUGCAGCUGGAUUAUGUCGACCUAUAUCUGAUACAUUGGCCGGUUGCCUGGAAACGCGGAGAGGACCUUUUCCCCAAGCAGAACGGUAACAUGAUAUUAGAGAAUAUCGAUAUCGUCGAUACGUACAAGGCCAUGGAAAAGCUCCUCGGCACCGGAAAAGUCAAAGCCAUUGGCGUCUCCAACUUUUCCAAAGCCGAGAUGGAGCGGCUCCUACAAGACACCUCGGUCGUCCCGGCCGUUCACCAAAUGGAGUGUCAUCCGUGGCUGCAGCAGCGCAGCUUUACAGCAUGGCACCGUGAGAAAGGGAUUCAUGUCACACACUACUCACCCUUCGGAAAUCAAAAUCAGUUUUACGGUGAGAAAGGCUCGAUUGGAAAGUUGAUCGACGAGCCUAUUCUUGCGGAGAUUGGCAAGCAAUAUGACAAGAGUGCACCUCAAGUUACACUCGCCUGGGCCGUUACCCAGGGCCAUUCCGCUCUUCCAAAGUCGAAAACUCCUUCGCGGAUUCAGUCCAAUCUUGGGGGCGACUUUCGACUGGGGCCCCAUGAUAUGGAGAAGAUCCAGUACAUUGACAAGAAGAUUCGUUUCAAUGAUAGCAGUGGGGAGUUUGGGCGAGAUUUCUUUACUGACCUGGAUGGCAAAUAA